AUUUCUGGAUCACAACUUACACCCUUAAUUGAUAAUAUGCCGGCACGAAUUCUUUCGGCCGACGAAACAACACUCAAAAUGGACGAGAAUCUUUCUAUACUCAAUCCGGUUCCCAGCAAAUUGGAAGGUCCUGGGCUACUUCACGAACUUAUAUCAGGUCCUGAAACUCCCGGAACUGCUCUGGAAUACCUGGACACGGAUGGUGAGACGAGCACAUUAUCCUAUUCGGACUUGCACAGGAGGUCAGAGCAUCUAGCAUGGCGAUUGACCCAAGUCAGUCGUAGGGUCUCGCAGAAGGGCCUUGGUAUUGUGCCCAUCUAUAUACCGCAAUGCACAUAUCUGUACAUUUCGCAACUGGCGAUCCUCAAAUCAGGAGCUGCAUUCUGUCCCCUGAAUCUGGACGUCCCAGAAGAAAGAUUGAAGUUCAUAUUGCAGGACACUUCGGCUAGCAUUCUUCUAACGACUACUGCUAUGCGUCCAAAACUUCCGGAUCUGCAGGGUGUAUUGGUUGUUGCAGUGGACGACGAGCAGUCCGAACUCCAAUUCGACACCGAAGGCUUGAGAAUGCUCGGAGAUGAGAUGGCACAUCCCGACACUUCUUCUCUUGCCUACAUCAUGUAUACCUCGGGCAGUACUGGACUCCCAAAGGCGGUCUGUCUGUCGCAUCGGGCAGUGACACAGUCUCUUCUGGCACAUGACCGGUUCAUCCCAAGUUUCUCCAGAUUUCUGCAGUUCGCAAGCCCAACGUUUGAUGUCAGUGUGUUUGAGAUAUUCUUCCCUUGGUUUCGUGGAUCUACACUUGUCUCAGUCGAACGCAGCCGCCUGCUUAACGAUCUUCCUGGAACGAUCACAUCAUUGGACAUAGAUGCCGCCGAGCUUACGCCAUCAGUCGCUGCUAGUCUGGUUCGUACAAGGGACAAUGUUCCUAAUUUACGGACACUCCUUACCAUCGGUGAGAUGCUCAACACCCAGGUCAUCCAACAAUUUGGCGGCUCGGACGACGAGCCCGGUAUCUUGUAUGGCAUGUACGGCCCUACCGAGGCUGCCAUCCACUGUACUCUACAGCCAGACUUUGCGAUUGAUCUACCUGCCGGCACUAUCGGAGUUCCUCUAGACACCGUCUCUUGUUUCAUUGUCGAGCCAGCAGCAUCUGCCGAACGCGCUAGCAAUAUCGAAAUCUUGCCAAUAGGUGAGGUAGGCGAGCUCGUUGUAGGAGGACAUCAACUAGCAGAUGGGUACCUGAAUCGGGAGGAACAGACUCGAGCUGCUUUCGUGGUACAUCCGAAGUACGGUAGUCUCUACCGCACUGGCGACAAGGCACGCCUUCGUCGUAACGGCACACUGGAAUGCCACGGACGCAUCUCGAGUGGCCAGGUCAAACUCAGAGGUCAACGUGUCGAGCUAGGGGAGAUUGAGCAUGCUGCAUCAAAGGCUGCCGGCUGUCACGCAGUAGUUGCAAGCGUCAUAUCAGGUCUCUUGAUACUUUUCUGCAUAGGUGAUUCCGGCAAGGUUUCCUCCGAGGACAUCAAGCAAGCCUGUCAAAAGUGGCUCCCAGCUUACAUGAUACCUAGCGAUAUUGUCUUACUCCAUGACUUCCCUUAUCUUCCAUCAGGUAAGGUCAAUAAGAAGAGGCUGGAGGACGAUUACAGCUCCAAAGCCCCACAGUCGAUAUCGGUGGCUCCCGAUGCAUCUGCGACUGCUAACAACGUAGCGCGCAUAAUCCAAGACGUGUUAGGGGUUCCGAUUGAUCACAACACUGAGCUCAGCGCUGCGGGACUGGAUUCUCUUAAAGCCAUUCAAGUUGCUUCCANNGAGCUGCGCAAGCACGGUUACUCUAAUGUUGGAGCUCUCGAGCUGCUUUCAGCAUCUAACGUCAUUGAUCUUGAUAGACUUCUUCAAGCUAGGGCCGUUUCCGAUGGUGGCCAUGAAGAUGAUACUGAGCGAUGGAAGACCAUUGCCCGUGAGCUGAGAACGGACGUGGAAUCAACCUUGCAAUCCAGUACAGCUGCAAGCGACAUGCAAGACAUUGUACCAUGUACGCCACUCCAAGAUGCGAUGCUGGUUGAAACAGCAAGGCAACCUCAAGCAUACUGUAACGAGCUUCGUUUGUCAGUGGCUUCGGCCAUGCCUAUCGAAAGAGUACGUCAAGCUUUGUCCUCAUUGGCUAAAAAGCAUACUGCCUUGAGGUCUGGCUUUUGCACAUCUGGAGUUUCUCACUGCUCCUACGCUCAAAUCGUAUGGAAGACUAUGGCUGCCUCUCAAUUCGUAUGUGUCGAGUCAUGGGAUUCUGGAUGGUCUAUCACAAACCAAGAGAUGCUUCUGCGACCACUUCGUUUUCAAUACAAAAGGUCUGGUGCUGGCGCGGAACUCUUAAUUAAUAUACACCAUGCAUUGUAUGAUCAAUGGUCAGUGGAAGUUGUUCUUGAUGAUCUGGAGGACUUGCUGCAAGGCAAAGAGAUACCAGAAAGACCUUCGUUCGGAGCCGUCAAUAAGUUCUUCAGUGUCAAGAGGCAUCAAGAUCAGACAUUGCAUCUCGACUUUUGGAGGGACCAUCUCUCUGAAGCCACUUCCGGUCGAUUACCGAAUCUAUCACCAAGACUAAUGCCAUUGCAGCCUCUCCAAAGUAGGGGGCAUACCAUCGAGGUGGAUAUGAGGUCACUACAUCAAACUGCACAAGCGUGUUCCUGUAGCCCACAUGUUUUCUUCCAAGCUGCAUAUGCUGUCCUUCUUGGUUCUUACAUGGGCACAGAGGACGUGAUCUUUGGUACAGUCUUCUCCGGAAGGACCUUACCAAUCAUCGGUGUUGAAAGUAUGGUAGGACCUCUCUUGUCAACUCUUCCUUCACGGAUCAACACCGCGGAAUGCCGAAAGUUCAGCGAUGUCCUGCGUCGCCUUCAAGGUGACAAUCGUGACAUCAUGCAGCACAGCACGACACCUUUGGCAGAUGUCAAGAAGGCCUGCGGAAUAACUCCAGGUGAGGCUCUAUUCGACAGUAUUUUGGUCUGGCAGGAGACUGCUAGACCGAGCGCACGAAACCAGUCGCUGUUGAAUUUAGUAGAGGCUCAUGAUUAUCUGGAGUUCAACUUAACUCUAGAACUCGAGCCUACUCAGAAUGGUGUGAAAACAAAGGCGACAUUCCAAUCGAGUGUUCUGCCAUCGCAACAUGUUGAAGUUUUGUUGCAGCAACUUGAUGCUUUGGUCAAGAUCGUGGUAGCACGACCUCAUAUUCUUAUGAGUGAGCUCAGCAGUCAACUUCCCGCCUCUGUCUUGUCAGUCGCAAACCCUGACCCACAAUUCUUCACGUAUAAAGCCGGCCUUGGAUCUGUUGUUGAAAGUCAGGCUCUGGAAAACUCCAAUGACUUGGCUCUGGUCUUUGCACACGAUCUCCGAAGGGGGACUUCAACAAUCGAGAGCUUGACAUAUGGUGAACUCAACACCCGAGCAAAUCAGCUCGCUAAUCACAUCAUCUCGCAAGGCGCUAAGCCUGAUGAACUUGUCUGCAUCUGCAUGGAGAAAUCAGUGGCUCUGUACGUUUCCAUUCUCGCCACUGUCAAAGCAGGUUGCGGAUAUCUCCCUCUAGUGCCAGAGACACCUGCCGCUCGAAUCGGCCACAUUCUUUCUGAUGCCAAUGUAAAGUUGUGCUUGACAGACUCCUUGACGACAUCCAUUAUUGCCAAUCUGGAAAGUUGCCAUGUGAUCAACAUCAUUUCAACCGACGUAUCCAACCAAGCAUGCACAAAUCCUCAACUUGCUUUUGAGCCCGCCAGUAUUUCAUAUGCUGUCUUCACUAGCGGAACUACAGGCAAUCCCAAAGGAGUUCUCGUGACUCAGGAGAACUUACUCAGCAACCUCGAGGUUCUAAGCAAAAUCUACCCUGUCCCGGAAGGAUCUAGGCUGCUUCAAGCCUGUAACCAAGCUUUUGAUGUCAGCGUGUUUGAGAUCUUCUUCACUUGGUACACUGGCAUGUGUCUGUGCUCGGCCUCCAAGGACGUUUUGUUCCGCGAUCUCGAGAGCGCAAUCAAUGAACUUGGCAUUACACAUCUCUCUCUGACACCAACUGUAGCGGCCUUAACAGAUCCAGCACAUAUUCCAAAGGUGAAAUUCCUUGUCACUGCUGGAGAAGCCGUCACUCAUCACGUCCAUGGCGCUUGGGCUGGCAGAGGGCUUUACCAAGGCUACGGUCCGUCGGAGACAACCAAUAUCUGUACAGUGAAUCCAGCAGUAGAGCCCAAUCAUGUCAUCAACAACAUUGGUCAGCCUUUCGUAAACACAUCUGUAUUUGUGUUAACGCAGGAAUCUGACUUCCAACUGGUCCCUCUUGGUGGCUUAGGUGAACUUUGCUUCGGUGGACAGCAAGUGUUCCGUGGCUACCAAAACAUGCCCGAGCUUACGGAUAGUAAGAUUAUCAAUCAUCCAAAAUAUGGCCGCAUCUACCGCAGUGGAGAUCUUGGUCGGUUGCUGCCUGAUGGGACGAUCUUGAUUCAAGGCCGUACUGAUGACCAACGAAAGAUCCGUGGUCAAAGAAUUGAGCUUGGCGAAAUUUCCGGAAGCCUACUCCAAGUUCCACAUGUGCAGGACUGCGCGAUCGAGAUUGUCAAGGUUGCAGACAGAGAAAGUCUCAUGGCCUUCUGGAUCCCAGCCGGUUAUGCCAAGGACGUGUAUAAGGUACUCCAACCAGACAGUUCACUACAAGAGGCAAUAGCAACAAUGUUUGCGCACCUCGCUGACCAUCUGUCCGUUUACAUGAUCCCAGAUGCAUUGAUCCCAGUAUCUGCCAUUCCCCAAACCCUACAAGGUAAGAUUGACAGAAGACGGCUAGCCAGCGAUGGCUCAACACUCAGUGUUGAUGACCUUGAUGCAUUUUCUCAGGAUUUCGGUGCCGACGGCGAUGUCGGUGAGCUCUCUGCAACCGAACAACAGAUAGUUUCUGCACUGGCAGAUACUUUGGGAAUGCCACACGCUUCAAUCGGCCGCUCGACCUCUUUCUUUGCUUUGGGCCUCGAUUCUGUGUCUGCAAUCCGUCUUGCGACCAAGCUGAGGACUGACUACCGAUAUGAGAUUGAUGUGUCUCAAAUCCUCAAAAGGCCCACUAUUGCCAGACUGGCUUCGCAGAUACAGGAUGCACGACUGGAUAGCUCGAAGCAAAUCAACGGACAUACUGCGGCAGAUUGUGAAGCAACUAUUGGUCCUGAUCUACACAAGGUUGUAAUAUCACAGCUACGUGAGCGCAAUCAGACAGUACAACACGUUCUGCCGUGUACGCCUUUGCAGGAGGCGAUGCUCUCCACAAAAGGCACACUCGAGACUUCAGCUUACAGGAACAAGACACUGUUCAGUCUGCAGGGCUCGGUUGACAAGCUGAAAUCUUGCUGGGGAACUAUGUUACACAGGCAUAGUAUCCUAAGGACAAUUUUCCUCCCAACCGAAGAUCCGAGAUUCCCCUUCGUUCAGGCUGUCCUAGCGGAGUGGGACUUACCGUGGGAGGAGCACCAUAGUCUUUCUAAUCACUCUUCAGAUUUGCUUGAAUCUGUACAGACUGGUAAUGAUCCACUUUCCGAGAACACGCCACCUUGGAAGCUUCAAGUCUUUGGAUCAGGGUCCACUAUCUACCUCUUGCUCGACAUGCAUCACGCACUCUACGAUGCUAACGCAAUGUCCAGUCUUCUAUACGAAGUCGAGCAGUUAUAUAAAGACCAACCACUCCCUGAACCAAUCUCGUUCAAACCUUUUCUUGAUCUCAUGAUCUCUGCGAGGGUUGAACAAGCAGAUAGGUUAUUCGGCAAUCAGCUUCAAGACUUCAUACCAAAGCCGUUUACCAAGACCGCGAUGGGACAGUCAGAAGGCAGUUUUGGCAUGAUUAACGGAAAACUUGACUGCUCGCCCGACAUGAUUGAGAAUUUCCUCGCAAGGCAUUCGACGACCAUGCUUAGUCUGGUUCAAGCAAUGUGGGUGAAAACAUUGUCUGCUUCUCAAUCCUACUCAGACGUCUGCUUUGGCAACGUGGUCAGUGGACGUAGCGUGCCUAUUGACGGCAUUGAGUCUUUGGUUGCGCCAUGUUUUAACACCAUCCCCGUUCGUAUCGACUUGUCAAGGCACCGAAGCAAUCUAAGCCUUAUAAAAGCUCUGCAAACGGUCAACAUCGAUAGUUUGCCGUAUCAGCUUACACCUUUGCGCCGUAUCCAGGCACAAGCUGCUACCAAUGGGCAGCGUUUGUUCGAUUCUCUUGUUCUUCUGCAGCAGAAUUCUACAGACCUUGACCCAGCCAUCUGGAAGUUGGAGCGUGAAUCAGGAUCCAUGGAUUUCCCUUGCAUUGUCGAACUUACGCCCAACAGCGAAUCAUAUACCCUUUCCUUGCAUUUCAAUCGUUAUCUUGACGAUGAAGUUGUUGCAACCCUUCAUCAAGCGUGUUUAUCUGCAUUUGCAUCCUGCAUAAGAUACCCAUCGAGCGAUGUUUCUGAUUUCAUUGAUUACGACAAGAAUUUAGUAGCUGGCGUUCUGAAGCCGGACGAAAAAUAUAUGCAGUCUGUUGAGACUGCUCAGCAAAGGCGACUAGAAACCCCUGGACCUUCUAGCGACGAAUCCUGGUCGUCUCUUGAAUUGCGAAUUCGUGCGGCGUUCUCUGCGGUAUCCGCUGCUCCUGAGGACCAAAUUCGAAGGGACACCACAAUCUACAGGCUUGGCUUGGACAGUAUCAGCGCGAUCCAACUUGCCAACCGACUUCGAAAAGACGGGAUCCCAGUACAAGCUAGCGAUAUAAUGGAGGGCCCAUCAUGCUCACAGUUGGCAUCCGCUAUGCAAACCCGCUCACAAACUCCUGUUCUGGACACGCCCGCAUUUGACUUCGAUACGUUCGACAAGCACUACCGUCAGUUUGCCUUGGACAGCCAACAAAUUUCCACUGAGGAAGUGUCUGCGGUCCGACCUUGCACUCCUGUGCAGUCUGGCAUGCUCAGUGAAUACACAUACUCUGAUGGCCAUCAGUAUUUCAAUCACACCUUCUACGCGGUCGAAACAACUCAUGGUCCUGAGAAGUUCCGGCUCGCAUGGUCACAAGUUCUCAAGCAACACGAGAUACUGCGUACUGGAUUCGUCGGUACUGAUGAUCCUGAGCAUCCUUUCGUGAUGUUGACCUACAACGAAUUCAAUGCCAAUGAACUCGAGAUCCGAAUUUCGUCACAAGACGACUCGACGUUUGAUUACUGCGAGCGAACGGCUUUAGAGUCUGUCAGAGAUAGUCUUCAUCUACCUCCCUGGAGAUGGUCUUCACUCGAAGUCCAGGGCACACAAUACUUGCAAUUAUCUGCACACCAUGCCAUCUUCGAUGCAGAGAGUUUACGCAUGGUCAUGUCCGAUCUGCAAUCCGCUCUCUCUAGUGGCUAUGUCGCCGCAAGACGAUCAAUCGACAGCGCUUUGAGUCACAUUCUUUCGAGCAGCCAAGCCGAUCUGGAAGCGCAACGCACUUUCUGGUCACAAAGACUUGGUGGUGCUUCAGUAACCCGCUUCCCCAACUUGGCACCGACUAGAACCGAAAGCACUGGUACGGUCAACGUUGAGCUGGUCCUUGGGUUCCAGCGGAGCGAGCUAGAGGCUCGUUGUCAAGAACUCGGUGUGUCAAUGCAAUCAGUCGGCCAGGCAGCUUGGACCCGACUAUUGAGCGCAUACACUGGAGAGUCGCAGGUGACUUUCGGUGUGGUCUUUUCUGGCCGUACGAGUCCCGCAACAGCCGAUACUGCUUUCCCCUGUAUUACAACACUUCCAGUUUCGAGCAAUGCUGUAGUGGAUGAUGCUCAGCUCCUCCAAGAUUUGAUGUCCCACAAUGCCAGCGUUCAGAAGUAUCAGUUUACGCCCUUGACAAACAUUCAGAAGUACGCCGAACUGUCAAGUGAGGCAUUGUUCGACUCCAUCUUUGUGUACCAAAGACCACUGAACGAAAAUGUUUCUACUUCUUCCUGGAAGAUCGCGCGCGAGAGUGCUUCAGUCGAGCUUGCUGUCUCUGUUGAGAUGGAAGCACUCAGUGACAACCGACUUGGUCUUCGAUUAACGGUUAACCCUGCUCAGGUACCCUACGAGCAAGGCAUGAUCGUGUUGCAGCAGAUGGAAGCCAUCAUUACCGGGCUCCUCAAAUUAAAAGGGACACCUGAUAGAUCGGUUCUAUCUAUCAUCCCACCAAAAGAUCCCAUCAUCCCAACUGACUUUCAGUAUCUGCACGAAAUGACCGAGGCGUCUGUCAAGCACUAUUCAGACCGUGUCGCGAUGGAAUUCGUAGACAGUCUGGAAGACGGACAAAUCACGAGUCGACACUGGACUUUCCGCCAGCUUGACGAAGAAGCGAACAAGAUAGCACAUCUCCUGAUCGAUCGUGGUGCAAAGCCUGGCGACAUCAUCGCAACUUCAUUUGACAAGUGUCCAGAGGCAUCAUUCGCGUUCUACGGUAUCCUCAAGGCGGGUUGUGCCUUCUGCGCUAUUGACCCUACGGCACCAGCAGCCCGCAAAGCUUUCAUCCUACAGGACUCUAGUGCUCGAGUUCUACUGACAUCUGAUUCGAUUUGCGCAGAGUUGAAAGAGUUGACUCAUUGUGAUGUGGUUGACCUGAUCAACUUGGAAGAAAGACGUUCGUUGUCGAGUUCUUCGGUUUUGGUAAUGGGAUUGUCUCCUUCUUCUGUCAGCUAUGUCUUGUACACUUCGGGAACUACGGGUACGCCAAAGGGAUGUGAGAUUACUCAUGACAACGCUGUUCAGUUAAUCAUGUCCUUCAAGCGCCUAUUCAAGGGAAGAUGGACAGACAAAUCCCGCUGGCUUCAAUUCGCCUCGUACCAUUUCGACGUUUCGGUCCUGGAGCAGUUUUGGACCUGGACCGUCGGCAUGCGUCUUGUUUGUGCUCCUCGCGAUCUCAUCUUGGAAGAUAUUGCGGGCUUCCUCGAUACCAUGCAGAUCACUCACCUUGAUCUCACGCCAUCUCUUGGCAGGCUUCUUGAUCCUGCUUUGGUGCCCAGUUUGCACCAAGGUGUGUUUAUUACUGGUGGAGAGUCGCUCAAACAAGACCAAAUCAACACCUGGGGAGAUGUCGGCUGUCUAUUCAAUUUCUACGGGCCUACAGAAUGCACAAUCGGUGUGACUGUCUUUCCUAGUGUGCCAAGAGAGGGCAAGCCUUCCAACAUUGGCUGGCAGUUUGACAAUGUUGGCUGCUACGUUUUGGCCCCUGGGUCUCAGACCCCCGUAUUACGUGGUGCCGUCGGUGAGCUCUGCAUAUCCGGAAAGCUUGUAGGCAAGGGCUAUAUCAACCGCCCUGAGCUUACUGCAGAUUGCUUCCCACAUCUUGAUGCCUUUGGCGAGCGAGUCUAUCGCACAGGCGACCUGGUCCGUCUUUUCCACGACGGAUCAAUUGAUUUCCUAGGCCGAAAAGACAAUCAAGUCAAGCUCAGAGGGCAAAGACUUGAGAUUGAUGAGAUUGAAGCGGUGAUGAAGCGCUGUCAAGGUAUUCAAGACACUGUCUGCGUUGUCGCCAAACACCCCAAACAACAANAAGAUCAACUUAUCGCUUUCAUCGGCAUCGAUGAGUCCAGGAAACAAGGCAAACCUGAGUUGUGCCCAGCCGAGUCAACCAAACAUCUCAUCCAAAAAGCGCGUGCAGCAUGCGAAGAAAGCUUGCCUGGUUAUAUGGUGCCUACACACUUCUUGCCAAUUCAGCGUAUCCCCUUGUCCGUGAAUAACAAAGUGGAAGAGAAGCUACUCCGUCAACUAUAUGCUGAUUUGCCCACUACUACCAUCCAAAGCUAUGCCACGCAAGCAGACGGUCAACAGUCUCUCAGCGAAGGCGAGAGGAGGAUUGCUCAAGUCCUCGCUGAACUACUCAAUAUUGAUGUGGACGACCUCAAACCUUCAUCUAAUAUCUUCACUCUUGGACUCAACUCCAUCUCAGCCAUCCAGUUCUCUAGAAAGCUCAAGAAAAGUGGCUUCCUUAGCGCACAAGUGGCGACUGUGCUCAAGAGCUCAACUAUCGGCAAAUUGACCAAAGCACUCGCUGUAUCGACAGAUCGAUCGGAUGGUGAGAUCGCCGAUGCUAAACAAAUCAUUUCUGCCUGUCAACAAAGGCAUAUGGGCACAAUCACUCGUGUCCUUCGCUGUAAAGCGGAAGACAUCGAAGCUAUUGCACCGUGUACGCCCUUACAGCAAGGUAUGAUCUCGAGGUCUCUGGCAAGCGAGUCUUCGCUUUACUUCAACAGCUUCAAAUACAAUGCCCAAGGAGUAGAUUUGCAAAGAUUGGAGAUGGCCUUCAAUCAGGCUCUGGAACGAACGCAAAUCUUGCGUACCUUCUUCGUCGAAACUGAUGACGGUUAUGUACAGGCUGUGAGAAAGACAGGCCAUCUUCCAUGGUGGACACUCGAAGUCUAUGAUCUUGCAUCCGUGGACAGCGUCUUUGCCAAACGCAAACAGAAAUGGCGCUCCUACAACACUUCUCAUUUGACUGUUCCCUUCGAGGUUGUGGCUGUUCGUUCUGGCUCAGAGAAUUUUGUGUCUAUCGACCUGCAUCAUGCACUUUACGAUGGCAACUCUUUUGACAUGUUGAUGGGCAAUGUCUGCAAGCUCUACGCCUCCGAAGACGCUGACUUCGGCAGAUCUUUCGUCGACUGCCUACCCUUUGGUCCUUUACGCAAUGUGCAGGGUGCGAAACAGUUCUGGCUAGACCAUCUUCGAGACGUCGAACCUGCACCCAUGCCUCGACUUGUUGAACAUGCAACGACUCAGGACAUCCUUUAUACAGUCAGCCUGGACAUUCUGUCUCAAGCAGAUGAGCUUCGACGUUCUCUUGGUGUGACCAUCCAAGCUUUGGUCCAGGCAAGCUGGAUUGUUACUCUGCGGAAAUACUAUCAAGGUGCCAUCGGUACAGUCGUCUCUGGACGCUCGAUCGAUUUUGAUGGCGUAGAGAAGGUGAUCGGGCCUUUGUUCAACACUAUUCCCUUCUACUUGAGAUGUGAGCCAGGAGAUUCAUGGCGGGCUCUUGUUCAAAGAUGUCACGACUUCAACACAACAGCCCUGCCCUAUCAACACACGCCCCUUCGCGAUAUCUUGAAGUGGUGUAACAAGGGAAACUCGGACCCGCUUUUCGAUGCAUUGUUCGUAUAUCAAGGCACUCUCGAUGACCACAGCACCGGCACCCCAAUUCUCAAGCCUCUGGCAGAUAGCUGUUUCGAGGCAGACUACCCGCUCUCAUUUGAAGCGGAAGAAGCAGCAAACGGAGAGCUGAAGGUCACUGUGGCUGCCAAGGCCUCGAUUUGCGAUGAGGUGAAAGCUCGAAAGUUGAUUGAUGAGUUUCACCAAGCCUUCUUGGCGAUGACCAACUCACCUGAGAACGAUGUUGGUGUGAGCGUUGGCCAUACCUUCGAAAGGCUUGCCAGAAGUGCAAAUGCCAACAGCCAAAAAGACCAAAGCAAAGAUGCAAACGACUUUGAAUGGCGCACCGAAGCUUCUGCCAUACGUUCAGAGAUGGCAGCCCUUGCCGGUGUGCAGGAAGCUGAGAUUGAUCAAAACACUUCCAUAUUCGAGGUUGGCUUGGACAGUGUAGAUGCUGUAAAGCUCUCGUCGCGUCUCAAGAAGAAGAACAUUGCUCUGCCUAUGAGCACUAUCAUGCGAGCACAGACGAUCGCUCAUAUGGUUUCAACAUUGGUGAACGGCAAGAUCGAAACAUUGAAGACGAAGCCAGAUGGAGCUUUCCAAUCCCUCGAGAGCAAGCUUGCCUCCUAUGCACAAAGCCGAGUGGAAGACACUGGUUCUGUUGAACGUGUUCUACCAGCCAGUCCCAUGCAGGAGGCUUUGGUCUCAGAAAUGGUCCGUUCGUCGUACAAAGCCUACUUCAACCACGAUAUCCUAAAGUUAUCUGGGAGCGUUGAUCAUCAGAAGCUUCAGCAGGCAUGGCAAACAGUCAUCGAGGCUUCUCCCAUUCUUCGCACCGGUUUCCUCGAGAUUGAAGAUCCGGACUUGAAUGCUACCUUUGCUCAAGUUGUACAGGUGCCUGGCACUAUGAAGAUGGAGUCAAUCGAGCUGCCGAGUGAAGAUGCCAUAAAUGAGCAUCUCGCACACAUCAGCUCCGGCGUAGCAUCAGCCGCUCCAUUCAAGCCUCAAUUGCGAUUGACCUGGGUGUCCACGCCCGGUGAGAACUAUCUUGUGUUCUCGAUUGCUCAUGCUCUCUACGAUGGUCACAGUAUUUCACUGCUUCAUCAAGACGUCCUUAGGGCUUACAACAAUGCCUUUGAGACUCGCCCGUGCUAUGAUGAGAUUCUGAAAGACACUUUCUAUGGUAGUAACGAGGAGGCUAUCAUAUUCUGGCGCAGCCUUUUGACCGACGCGAGAAAGACCCAGCUUCCAGAGACUAGAAACAUCAACGAUUCAGGAAUAACAACUCAUCGUGCAGAGAGGACGAGUUAUCUAGCCGCUAACAAUCUUUUGUCGUUCUGCAAGCAGCAUGGGGUCACCUUACAAGCCGUCUGUCAAACAGCUUGGGCCUUUGUCCUCGCUCACACCGUGCAAGCCCUUGAUGUUAUGUUUGGGGUUGUCUUGGCUGGUCGUGACAGCGAACUCGCCGAGGAAGUCAUGUUUCCUAUGAUGAACACAGUCAUCAUGCGUUCUGUCCUGCAUGGAUCUAGGAAAGACGUGCUACAAAGCAUACAAGCGAUCAUAUCUGACAUUUCCAACCAUCAGCACUUCCCGCUGCGUCAGAUCCAGGCUGUAUGUCAGGGACAAGUCCGAUCAUCGACAACCACACGCCAGGACGAGACUUUCUUCGACACGCUCUUCACCUUCCAGCGCCGACCAGACGUUGGCGAGGUUGAGGACCAAAAACUUUACGAUUCUGUCAAUGGAGCCUCUGAGGUUGAGUAUCCCGUAGCUGUUGAGGCUGAGAUCGUCAAUGGCUCAUUGAUCUGGCGUACAGCUUGCAAAAGCAGUACUUUUGAUGAGGAUGGUGCGAACAACCUCCUCGGCACUCUUGAUGGUGUCUUACAAGCAAUUUUCGACCAGCCGCAUGAGCCGACACUGACAUUCCAUGGUGAAGGAGUCAGUGUCUGUGGCCUGCCUGCUUUCCAGCAGCCGGCAGAAGCUGGUACAACCUGGGAAGUAGAGGUCGACAACGACGUGAUCGAGGAUGAAGACAACUGGUCCGAUAUCGAGUCAGCGGUACGAGAUACCAUUGCAAAGAUUACCAAGACGCCAGAAUCAGAGAUUUCGAAAACUGCGUCCAUCCAAAAUUUGGGUGUCGAUUCAAUCAACGCUAUCAAGCUCUCGGCUUUGCUACGUCGAAAGACCAUCAGAAUUACUGUUAGCGAGAUUAUGCGCGCUGGAUCAGUUUCGAAGAUUGCAUCAGUGGCACAAAACAAGACGACAAAGAAGACGACCAAGGCUGAUGGUGACACUGCUGAUAAGGUUAUCGCUAAGCUCAUGGCACAGAAAGGUUUCACGCCUGAAAGACUUGGCUACGAGAAUCAACAAAUCGACCAAAUUCUGCCUGCAACUGCUGGUCAAGUCUACAUGUUAGGUGCAUGGCUUGCAACUGAUUGCCAACUCUUUUAUGGAGAAUUCGAAUACUGUACCACUAUACCGACCACUAUGGACAGUAUCAAGCAAUCAUGGCACAAACUGGUCGCCAGCAAUGCAGUGUUGCGCACAGUCUUUGUUGCGACUCAAGACAGCGAGACACCUUUCUUGCAACUCGUGUUGCGGGAUACUCCUGCUUCGUUCGUGGAUUUGGAUAAUGCAGAGCAGCUGUCGACAACUAUCAAGCAGCCGUUUGCCCAUCUGACAGUGCAGAAGGCAGACGAUGGUUACAAGCUUCGUCUCAAGAUUCAUCACGCACUUUACGACGCUGUAAGUCUGUCAUUGAUGAGUCAACAGCUGGCUACUUAUCUGCAAGGCUCUGCCGCGACACAGCAAUCUCCUGUCAGAUUCACCGACUUCAUUGCUCAACCUCUGAGCACCAUUGAGGCGAAUGGGAGAAAAUCUUUCUGGGUUGACUACCUUCAAGCCGCGCAAUACUCCCAGUUAGAGUCUGGUGCUUCAAAAUUAGCCCGCCACAUCGAAGUCUACGAUCCUUGCGCCAUGUCCGAUAUGUCCAAGUUUGAGAACGGACUUAGAAAGCAGGGACUCAGCCUCCAGUCUGUCUUCUUUGCAGCCUACGCCAGAGCGUACAGCUAUAACUCCGAUCCAACAGCCGAGGACGUGAUAAUAGGCAUUUACUUGGCCAAUCGCUCACAUUUGGAAGAUCUGUCCAGCCUAGCAGCACCAACACUAAACCUCGUUCCUCUACGCGUGCGCUCUCCCACAAGGACAUCUCUUGCCGAGCUCGCGAAACAGAUCCAGAAGGAUCUGCAGCUCAUCGGUACGCCUGAAAAUAGCAGUGUCGGACUGUGGGAGAUCGAGGCAUGGACAGGGAUCACCGUGGACACCUUUGUCAACUUUGUAAAGGUGCCAGAAAACGACGACGACGCCGCCAGGAAGCAAGUCAUUGUGAUGGACGAAGCGGCAGAAAAGCAUCGCACUGAAAAGCGAAGUCAGGGGUCUGAUCUCAUGGGAGAUGACUUUGUCGUGCCACAAGAGCUGCAGCAUGAAGACUUGAAGAAAACUUACAAGCGAUCACUCGAUAUCGAAGCAACCGUCGCUGAUGGUGAGCUCGGCAUUGGUGUAUUUGGAUGGGAAGACAUGAUGGAUGUAGAGCAAGCUGAGGGCCUGAUAGAAGAGCUGAAGAUUGAGAUUGCAGGAGUGCUUGAAUCGUGA